AUGAUUGAUCCAUCGUACGUAGCAUGGAUGAAGGAACAGAAAAAGCAGGGGAAGCCGUCCCCUUCCAUCAAGCGAUUAGCAAAGGCUAAACGCGACUCUGCUGGCGCCUCCACUAGCGGCGGUUCGCGGCGCGAAUACGAUCAUGGCGCCGACACGGACGCUAGCGACGACGAUCUCGAGGAGAUCAUGUCCGAAUCCGACAGCGACGCAGACUCUGACAACUACAAGGAGUGCAGUGACGACGACGCCGAAGAAACGGACGGAGGCGAGGAGGGUAGCGGCGACGACGGCAGCAACCGUGCGCCGAGGAAGGAGAGGCGCGCGCCUGCAGCGCCAAACAGGCGGCAGUGGUCUGACGCUGAGCUCACGGCACUCGCGGCCGCCCGUUGGAAAACCAAGGAUGAUCUGAUCGCGAUGCAAGGCAAGCAGGGGAGUCAGUAUUGGAAGAAGCUGCGUGCGCACAUAGUCGAGGGGGACCCUGACUGGAACCGCGAUGAGGGGCAGAUGUCGAACGCCUGGAAGCGCCUGGAGAAGAAGUACCUGAAAACGAAACUUGGAGAGGGGCAGAGCGGCGGGAAAGCCAUCAAGGAAAAGGCGUGGUGGGAAUACAUGUACAACCUUAAAAAACAUUCGGCCAAGGCCAAGCCACAUGCCCUUGACGGAGGUGGCGCCGCUAACGUCGACGUCCCUGCAUACGCCGCUGUGCCAGGCACCAACGAUCGUGACACCAACAGCCCAUCAUCCCUGGGACUCCAACGUGGUUCUCGGCGUCGUGCUCCAAAACCAGACACUGGUGUCACAACGCCGACCAAACGAAGAAGAGUAGAAGAAACAGCGACUAUGGCGGCAGCCAGGCUGGUGAGCGAAGCCAUAAACGCUACCAACGCGCACGUGGUGCGCCAGCUGCAGGACUCCACUCAGUUGCUUGUCGCGGCUAUGAACAUGGCCACGACUCAAGCUGGCGUGCGGCUGCAAAUGGCCAGUCCGGUGGUACAGCAUGUGGCGCCCGAGCCCACGGCGCCUCCAGCACCGCUAGAUGUGACUUUGGACGCCAACAUGUCGGGGUCUGAGGAGGCAGCUCAGCAGCAUGAGCAUUAG